AUGGAGAACUUUCCCACCGAGUAUUUUCUCAACACUUCUGUGCGCCUUCUUGAGUACAUUCGAUACCGAGAUAGUAACUACACACGAGAAGAGCGCAUCGAGAAUCUGCACUAUGCUUACAACAAGGCUGCUCAUCACUUUGCUCAGCCCCGACAACAGCAGCUACUCAAGGUAGACCCUAAGCGACUACAGGCUUCCCUCCAAACAAUCGUUGGCAUGGUCGUAUACAGUUGGGCAAAGGUCUCUAAAGAGUGUAUGGCGGAUCUAUCUAUUCAUUACACGUACACGCUCGUUUUGGAUGACAGCAGCGACGACCCAUAUCCAGCCAUGAUGAACUAUUUCAACGAUCUUCAGGCCGGACGAGAACAGGCUCACCCGUGGUGGGCGCUUGUCAAUGAGCACUUUCCCAAUGUCCUUCGACAUUUUGGUCCCUUCUGCUCGUUGAACCUUAUCCGCAGCACUCUUGACUUUUUUGAGGGAUGCUGGAUCGAGCAGUACAACUUUGGAGGAUUCCCAGGAUCCCAUGACUAUCCUCAGUUUCUUCGACGCAUGAAUGGCUUGGGUCACUGUGUCGGGGCUUCUUUGUGGCCCAAGGAGCAGUUUGAUGAACGAAGUCUAUUCCUUGAAAUCACAUCAGCCAUUGCUCAGAUGGAGAACUGGAUGGUCUGGGUCAACGAUCUUAUGUCAUUCUACAAGGAAUUCGACGAUGAGCGUGACCAGAUCAGCCUCGUCAAGAACUACGUCGUCUCUGAUGAAAUCAGUCUCCACGAAGCUUUGGAGAAGCUGACCCAAGACACUCUGCACUCGUCCAAGCAGAUGGUUGCUGUCUUCUCUGACAAGGACCCUCAGGUGAUGGACACGAUUGAGUGCUUCAUGCAUGGUUAUGUCACGUGGCACUUGUGCGAUCACAGGUACCGCCUUAAUGAGAUCUACGAAAAGGUCAAGGAACAAAAGACCGAGGACGCUCAGAAGUUUUGCAAGUUUUAUGAGCAGGCUGCUAAUGUCGGUGCCGUCUCGCCCUCGGAGUGGGCUUACCCACCAGUUGCGCAACUGGCAAACGUUCGAUCCAAGGAUGUGAAGAAUGUGAAACAGAUUGAAAAGCCUCUGCUGAGUUCAAUUGAGCUAGUGGAGUGA